CAUUUAAUUUAAAGCUAUUUAAUUUGCAAUGUCCCAAGAUAGUGUUAAAACAACUUGUACACUCGGCAAGCCCAGGGUGGAAGAAAAAUUACAAAUAGCAAAUAGUUAUGAGGAUUACGAACAAAUCCUUAGCAAUAAUAUGAACACUAAGCCUUUAUAUUUAUUUUUUGUUGCAUCGUAUUCUCCUAUAAGUGGAUAUUGUUGGAAUCCAUUAUGUGUGGAAGUGACUCAAUUUUUGGAAAAGUACACAAGCAAUAUUACAUCUGGAGCUUUCAUAACGGUAUACGUUGGUUUAGAAGAUGAUUGGGAAGAUCUGACAAACCCUUUUAGAAAAGAUGAAGACCUUCAAUUAAGAACACUGCCGACCCUAAUGCGAUUCGACACAUUAAAGAAACUCGAAGGAAACUUUUGCUUGAAAGAAGAACUUGUAAACCUGCUUUUUCAAGAUUUUCAAUGUCAACCAUAAAUAUCUAACCAAUAAAAAUGUAUCAGAUAAAGAAAAUAUUAGUAUAAAAUAAAAAUACUAAUCUAA